UUUUUUUUUUUUUGCAGACCACAGCUUCUUGGUGACCAUCCUAGGACACCUGCAGAAAAGAUUUUCAAAUCCGAAAUUUCGUGGCAGACUCCACAGCCCCGAUCUGUUUUACUCCUAGAAAGGCUUAAGAGUAACAAACCAUCUUUCACGCUCUAUCCAGCUUGUUUAAAGCCAUGUUUCUAGACCAGACUUCCUGGAACGGUUGCUUUCCAGAUGUGCUGGCAUUAACAGCUGCUGGGGCUGCUGGAAACGGUAGUCCCAGCCCAUCUGGAUGCCAUCCAGCUGGAGAAUGCUAUUCUGGAGUCUAUCCAAAGAUGCCUUUGAAAUCUUCCCCUCCCACCCACACACACAAAAGCCUUGCGGCUUCAUUCUUUUGGUAAAUGCACUUCUACUGCUCCUCCUUGAAAUUUACUGCUGGUUUGAAAGAAUGCCACAAGAAAGAGAGAGAGAGAAAGAGAGAGAGAGAGAGAGAGAGAGAGAGAGAGAGAGAGAAAUCCUUAGGCAAGACGAAUAUUUCAGACCAGCAAGGGGGAAUGGAAAGAAGAAUUUGCAAAAUUAAAGCUUUUGUCUUCCCAGGGGUGUGUUCAGCGCACAGCAACCCUGAUGCCUCCGAAGGUAACCUGGCUGAGAACAGACCUCCCAGCCACCACAACCACACGAACCCAGAACAUCAGAAGACACCGCAAAGUUCAGAACAGCUGCUGAGUGGAUGGCACCAAGGGCUGUCCGAAGAAAAAUCGGUCAGUUCUGGGCCGGGGCUGCUAAGAAUGUUUUCUAGGACGUCAGGGAGGCGUUGAUAAUGUGCCCUCCUCGGCAGCCCAUCCCCGCUUAAUUUAGACCGCCUUCCUGGCCAGCAUAACGGGGCUUCCUCUCCCAGAAUGUGGGCACCAUGGCUGGGUCUCCCGGGCUGGUGAGGAUUGGAGCAGUUCACGACCACCGAUCCAAGCCAGGGUAGCUGAGGCGUUCACACCCAGCCUUUCCGAAGCAGGUUAUUCUCUACCACUUUUCCUGGAGAAGCAAGCUACGAGAAGCUGGCUCGGAGCUUUGGAUGAAGCGUGCCACGUACCCCCAAGCCUGCGACAACUACAGGGGUCCCCCAAAGCCCCCCAUCGCUUCCUGAAGUCCGGAGUAAAAACCACAACGCGGUGUGACUGCUUAUCUCCUGUAUCUGGGGGAGAAAGGGUUGGGCAACUGGAGUGCCAGUCGGGCGCCCUAACAGAAGCUUCCUCGGAUAGCUUUGGAGCUUCUGCUAAAGGUGUUUUGCCCAGCGCUGACACAAGAUGCCCCUGGGCUCCUGCACCCACAGCCCAGAGUAGGCAGAGGCAAGGGAGGAGGAGGAGGAGCGUUGGAGGAAGGUGGAGACCAAGCUGCUUGGAGAAAAAGUCCAGGAGCUGCUCAGCAGCCUGGUGGAAGCAGAGCGACCCUCCCUGCCUCUCUACCUCCUUCCUUCCUUCUCUGCUGCACCAUGCACUGCUUGUGGUCCUCCUGCUUGCCCUUGGCGUUGCUAGUGGGUCUGAACGCCAGCCCAGGAGAGUCCAGUUCAGUGGACCCCUGCUGCUAUUUCCCCUGCCAACACAGUGGUUUGUGCGUCCGGAUUGGCACGGAGGACUAUGAAUGUGAUUGUACCCGGACGGGAUACUAUGGCACCAACUGCAGCUCGGCGGAGUUCUGGACAUGGCUGUACGACACCCUGAAGCCGAGCCCGUCUUCCGUUCAUCACUUGCUGACCCACUUCCGCUGGCUGUGGAGCCUGGUCAACCGGACUUUCCUCCAAGGUCUUCUGAUGCGACUGGUGUUGACGGCCCGGGCCAACCUGAUCCCCAGCCCGCCCACCUUCAGCGGCAACUACGGAUACCUGAACUGGGAAUCCUACAGCAACCUCAGCUACUUCACCCGCAUCCUCCCGCCGGUGCCCCCCAACUGCCCCACUCCGAUGGGAGUGAAAGGACCACUGGAGCUGCCAGGAGCCGAGCUGGUGGCCGAAGAACUUCUCCUGCGCCGGACUUUCCAUCCGGACCCGCAGAGGACCAACCUGAUGUUCGCCUUCUUUGCCCAGCACUUCACCCACCAGUUCUUCAAGACGUUUGGGAAGAUGGGCCGGGGAUUCACCCGGGCUCUGGGCCACGGGGUGGACCUUGGCCACAUCUACGGAGACAACCUGGAACGCCAGCAUCACCUGCGCCUGUUCAAGGACGGGAAGCUGAAAUACCAGGUGAUGAAGGGAGAAAUGUACCCCCCAACAGUGAUGGAAGCCGCCGUGCACAUGAUCUACCCACAAGGCACCCCCCCGGAGCAGAGGUUUGCCAUAGGCCAAGAGGUCUUUGGUCUUCUUCCAGGCCUUCUGAUGUAUGCCACCCUCUGGCUGCGGGAGCACAAUCGUGUCUGUGACCUGCUGAAGCAAGAACACCCUACCUGGGACGAUGAGCAGCUGUUCCAGACCGCCCGGCUUAUUCUGACAGGUGAGACGAUCAAAAUUGUCAUUGAGGAUUACGUCCAGCAUCUCAGCGGCUACCACUUUAAGCUGACGUUUGCACCCGAGCUUCUAUUUGGAGCCCAGUUCCAGUACCAGAACCGCAUCGCUCUGGAGUUCAACCAGCUGUACCACUGGCACGCCUUAAUGCCCAAUUCCUUCCAGCUGCCCGACAGAGAAUACAGUUACGACCAGUUCCUGUUCAACAGCACUCUUUUCACCCACUACAGCAUAGAGACCCUGGUAGAGGCCUUUUCCAAGCAGCGAGCUGGACAGAUCGGCGGGAAGCCGAAUAUCAACAAGCACCUUCUCAAAGUGGCUAUUGGAGUUAUCAAGGAAUCGCGGCUGAUGCGUCUCCAGCCUUUUAAUGAAUACCGAAAGAGGUUCCAUCUGAAGCCGUACACGUCCUUCCGGGAACUGACAGAUGAUGAAAAUAUGGUUGCCAAACUAGAAGCGCUGUAUGGAGACAUUGAUGCUCUGGAGUUCUUUCCCGGCCUGUUGGUGGAGAAGACCUACUCCAACGGCAUCUUUGGACAGAGCAUGAUAGAGAUGGGGGCUCCCUUCUCCUUGAAGGGGCUCCUGGGGAACCCCAUCUGCUCCCCCGAAUACUGGAAGCCCAGCACUUUUGGCGGUGCCGCUGGCUUCCGAAUCGUGAACACGGCAAGCUUGGAAAAACUGGUCUGCCUGAACGUCAAGCGGUGUCCCUAUGUGGCUUUCCACACGCCCGACCACGGAGAGGCUCCUGAAGGCUCGGAGGAGAAGCAGCGACCUUCAACGGAGCUCUAACCAGGCUUUCUUCGGUCGAGUUAUACAGGUAGUCCUCAACUUACAACAGUUCAUUUAGUGCCUGCUCGAACUCACAACGGCACUAGGAAAAAAAGUGACCUAAGGACCGUUUUUCACAGCUACGACCUUCGCAGCGUCCCCACGAUCACGUGAUCAAAAUUCAGAGGCUUGGCUACCGGUUCACAUUUAGGACGGUCGCAGUGUCCCGGGGGAAUCCCGUGGUCUCCUUUUGCGACCUCCCAAGAGGCAAAGUCCAUGGGGGAAGACAGCUUCCCUUAACGAGCGCGCGACUAAUUUAAACAACCGCAGCGAUUCGCUUAACAAACGUGGCAAGGAAAGUCGUAAAACGGGGGGGUGGGGGAACUCAGUGAACAAAUGUCUCACUUAGCCACAAAAAUUUGAUCGUAAGUCGAGGAUGACCUGUACUUACGUCCUCCAGGCUUUGAGACCAGGAGGUCAUGACGGCAGAGCAAGGAGGAGAAUGAGUGUGUGUAUGUGUAUGUGGAUCUGUGGCCUGUCUCCCUCAGUUUGUAACCCAGACCUCUCCUCAUAGAUUUAGGACAGUGGUGGUGAACCUUUUAGAGGCCUAGUGCCUAAAACCCGCUCCAUCCCCCAACCCUGCCCCUGCUACGCCCCCACCCCACUCGCCUGCAGGACCAUCUACCGCCUCCACAGCCCACCGUAGCAGAUCUUCCAGGCAGCCCAGCAGCAUUGUGGACAUGCCUUCUGCCCGCGCCACACAGCAUUAUCUACGCACGACGGGGUGCGAGGGUGGCGUCUUGUCCCUGCUGACAAGUGCUUGGUUGUGCUGCUCCGUGCGGGCUGUGUCCAGGGGCGACUCUCCUCUGGGGAGAGCUGCUGGUGAGGAGGGGGCCGUGGGGGAAGGCGUGGCUGGGGCGACAGCGGGUGUGCCCACAGAGGGCUCUGAGUGCCGCCUCUGGCACGCCUGCCAUAGGUUCGCCACCACUGGUUUAAGAUGUUCAGGUGCCCACCAUUGGUCGCACCCCCUUCGCCCCCCAGCUAUCUUCCUCAGCCGAUUUAUAGCCAGCUUUCCUCCUCCGCUGACCCUCCCCCGGCCAUUAUCCACAGCCUCCACCCCUUGCCCUUCCUCCCUGCCCAUUUGUCCAGACACUAAGAUGGGCGCCUAAACGUCUCUUCCUACUCCUCACAUUCUGCAAAUGCCUCCAGGAUCCUAUCCAGAGAGGAGAGAAAGCACCAGCUCAGUUGACUGGAAGGAAUCCAUCCCUGGCUGAUCACCUGGUGGUCUUCCCUUCCCCUCCCCUCUGCCCUCUUUUAUCUUUGCCUUUCGUAGCUGCUCCCGGGACGGUAGAGGUAGAACAAGUUGUGCAAAAGGAACUGGGGAGGACCAAACCUGCUCUAGGUGAGAGUUUAGCGACCGCCUCCAUCUCUGCUUUCAAAUUUAUUUAUGCAGCUGUGUGCCUUUAUCUCUGGAUUAAAAAAAACAAAAGAAAAAAAAAAUCUACAGCAAAACAGGCUGACCACAGACGAGAGAUGGAGCUUCUCCAAUGGCAAAGGGACGAAGUAAGGGGUGGAAGGGUUCUGCUUAGGGGCACCAGUUGGGGAAGACACUGGAAUGGAGUCUGGGGUCCAGGAGAGCCCCUAAGAUCUAUUCCAAUGCCAACAGGAAGUCAAGCCCCACCGACACCACCAUCUCAGGAGAAGGUCAAAAACUAGACAACUGUCCGGUGCAGAUUUUGACAUCAGUCAAAAACCACACAGACACAUCUUUGGAGACCCGAUUUAGUCCUACAAAUAUCCCGAAGUCCACAAAUCAUGAAGGGGCCAUAGUUCCCCCAUGCUGGCAGAAGAAUUCUGGGAGUUGAAGUCCACCAGUCAUGAGGGGGCCAUAGUUCCCCCAUGCUG